GAAAUCAAAACCUCUUAACAGAGUACCGUUUUCUCUAUCUUUCCCCCAAACCCUUCAAUUCCAUAUUUCAAUCCCAUCUCCUUCUACACUAUUCCACGCUUCUUCAAAAAACCCUGCUCUGCUUCCUCACUCUUGUAAGUCCCCCUUUCUUUCUCUCUGCAAAACCCUCUCAAUUUUUCAUGUUGUUGUUGCGGCAAUCGCAUUCAAUUCCUCCUCACUUCUCUAUUCUUGUUUCUCUACUUUCCAGGCGUUUCUCUCUCCUCUCCGUCAAUGGCUGACGCCGCCACCACCUCCACCACAGCUACAACAAAUGCUUCCUCCGCCGCCGUCGCUGUAGAAGACGCCAAUAAGGACAUUGAAAAGCUCUACGAGUUUGGCGAGCGUCUCAGUGAAGCCAAGGACAAGUCUGAGAAUGUGAAGGAUUAUGAGGGGAUUAUUAAGGCGGCGAAAGGUAGUUCGAAGGCUAAACAAUUGGCUGCGCAGCUAAUUCCGAGGUUCUUCAAAUACUUCCCCAACCUUUCGAGUAGUGCCGUUGAUGCUCAUCUUGAUUUGUGCGAAGAGGAAGAUCUCGGGGUUCGUGUCCAAGCUAUAAGGGGUCUUCCCCUUUUCUGCAAGGAUACACCAGAAUAUGUCUCUAAGAUUGUUGACAUUCUUGCUCAAUUACUCAUGGCUGAGGAGAAUGUGGAAAGGGAUGCUGUUCAGAAAGCUUUGAUGUCUCUUCUGAGGCAAGAUGUGAAAGCAUCAUUGUCAGCACUGUUUAAGCAUAUUGAGAGCAUAGAGGAGAGUACUGAUGAAAAUAUACGGGAGAAGGUCUUGGCCUUUAUAAGAGACAAGGUUUUCCCCCUUAAAGCUGAACUUUUGAAGCCACAAGAGCAAAUGGAAAGACAUAUAACUGAUUUAGUUAAAAAGAGUUUGCGAGACGUAACUGGUGCUGAAUUUAAGAUGUUCAUAGACUUUUUAAAAAGUUUGAACCUGUUUGGUGAUAAAGCUCCUACUGAGCGUGUCCAAGAACUUAUUGAAAUUAUAGAAAGCCAAGCUGAUCUGGAUGCACAAUUUGACGUCCUAGAUGUAGACCAUAUCAACAGGCUUAUAUCAUGCCAAUAUAUUGCAAUUCCCUUUUUCAUGCGGGGGGCAUCAAAUAGCAACUUCCUCAACUAUGUGAACAAACAUAUAAUUCCAGUUUUUGAUAAGAUUCCAGAGGAACGAAAGCUAGAUCUACUAAAAAAUCUUGCUGAAAGCUCUCCAUAUACCGCACCACAGGAUGCACGCCAGAUCCUUCCUUAUAUUGUUCAGCUUUUAAAGAAGUACAUGCCUCGAAAGAGGACUGGAGAAGAGAUGAACUUCACAUAUGUUGAGUGCUUAUUGUACACUUUUCACCAUUUGGCUUCGAAGGCCCCCAAUGCCUCCAACAGCUUAUGUGGUUACAAGAUUGUAACUGGCCAACCAUCAGAUAGGAUAGGGGAGGACUUUUCAGAGAACUAUAAGGACUUCACAGAAAGGUUGAAUUGUGUUGAGGAGCUCUCCAGGGCUACCAUGAAGAAGUUAACUCAGGGUAUGGAUGAGCAAAACAAGCGGAUGGCAUCCGCAUCGAACGAAGUUAAAGACAAGAUUAAAACUGAAAAACAAAAUGCUACGACAGGACUGAAAACUUGCAAUAACAUUCUGGCUAUGACUCAGCCACUACAUAAAAAUUCACCUUCAUUUAUCGGCGACAAGAGGAUCAACCUAUCAUGGAAAGAACCAGUAAAAUCAGCUGUUCCUUCAGCUACUGUUGGGGGCAAACGGCCAGCCAGUGCUGCUCUUAAUGGCUCCAACAGCAAUGCAGCCAAAAAAGGGCGAGGAGGCGGACAAUUUCAGAACCAGCUUGUUAACAGGGCAUUUGAUGGUAUUUCCUACGGAGGGAGAGGUGGCGGUAGAGGGGGCCGAGGAAGAGGAUGGGGUGGUGGGCGACCUGGACGUGGUAGAGGGAGGGGAUAUAGGUAAAAUUCCCAGUUCAAAGUGAACCAGUUUCACUUGAAGUGCUUUUGGAAGUGGCAGAGUAGUUGGAACCUGGAUAGUUAUAAACAAGUGACGCGGCUGUGCCAUAUAAUGUACCAGAACUGCUCUUGAUUGACAAAUGACAAAUUUUCUGUUUAGGGAAGCAGUUGAGCUGAUGUUUAGUUUGUACGUUGUAGGGUUGAGAUUUACUUAGUUACAUUGUUACUUUAGACAUUUGUUUUAUUUAAGACUUAUUAUGAGCCUCGUUAUUCUUUCA